CCGAAAUCCGGUAGAUUUUCCCACGUGACCGCUGUUACUUCCUUUCUAGUGGCAGCCAUCGAGAAAAAUGGCAAAGAUCAAGGCCAGAGAUCUGCGUGGAAAGAAAAAGGAGGAGCUGCUGAAACAGCUGGAUGAUCUGAAGGUGGAACUUUCCCAGCUCCGGGUCGCCAAGGUUACUGGUGGUGCUGCCUCCAAGCUGUCGAAGAUCCGCGUUGUCCGCAAGUCCAUCGCCAGAGUUCUCACAGUUAUCAACCAGACACAGAAGGAGAAUUUGAGGAAAUUCUACAAGGGAAAGAAGUACAAGCCUUUGGACCUGAGGCCCAAGAAGACCCGUGCCAUCCGUCGUCAGCUGACAAGUCACGAGCAGAACCUGAUGACCAAGAAGAUGCAGAGGAGGUCUCGCCUCUACUCCAUUCGCAAAUUUGCCGUCAAGGCUUAAGAAGGCUGUACUGUUUUUUUUUUCACUGAAAAUAAACGCCCCACCCUGGAAUUAAGAUGCA